CCUACUCCAGUAACUGAGCCCGAACCUGCUUCCGUAGCGAAUGUGAAUGUCAGCAAAUAACGGCAAAGCGCAACAGCAGCUCUAGUUUGCAUUUCGUCUACAAACGCACCCGCAGCAAAACGUAAACACAACAAACGCCCGUACGUCAAAACAAACCACCCUGCCCGGUGAGCUGUCAAAAGUGCGUUGCAUCGUCGGCCCGAGCCGUGCUUGCGGAUUGCUUUGCCGAAGCCCGUACGACAAACUCACACACACACACACACACCAUCAUGCACUGUGCCUUGAGACGACCCGCCCUCUUUCUUCAGCGCCGGCUGCUGGCGGUAGUGCAGCUGGCGUCCCACAACAACCUCCGCACGUUCGGUGGAACGGGACAGCACGGGCGCAGUGACGGUUCCGGCGAGCAAAGUGACUCCUGGAGCACGCAGAAGGUCGGCCUCACAGCAACGCUUGCACUGGCCGGCAUGUUCGGGCUGCUCGCCUACAACACCCGGCCCGACCAGAGCAAACGGAAAGCCACCGGCUGGCCAGCGUUCGGUUUCCUCCCCACCGUCAGUGCGAAAACGAGCGCGGCCGCGGGCAACCGGCAGCAGUACAACUUCAUUGCGGACGCGGUGGAAAUAUCUGCGCCCGCGGUGGUGUUCAUUGAGAUCCGGGACCGGCAGCGGGUGGACUUUUUCACUCGCGAGCCGGUGACGGUGUCGAACGGGUCCGGCUUCAUCAUCGAGCGGGACGGGCUGAUCCUCACGAACGCGCACGUGGUGGUGAGCAAACCGCACACGCUGGUCACGGUGCGGCUCACGGACGGGCGCACCUUUCCCGGGCAGGUCGAGCACGUCGACCCGACGUCCGAUCUGGCGACGGUGCGCAUACGGUGCGACAAUCUGCCCACGCUCCGGCUCGGCAGCUCGGCCGAUCUGCGGCCUGGCGAGUGGGUGGUCGCGCUUGGCAGUCCGCUCGCGCUGAACAACACGGUGACGGCGGGCGUGGUCAGCUCGACACAGCGUGCCUCCCAGGAGCUGGGGCUGCGCGGCAAGGACAUCAACUACAUCCAGACGGACGCGGCGAUCACGUUCGGCAACUCGGGCGGCCCGCUGGUCAACCUGGACGGGGAGGCGAUCGGCAUCAACAGCAUGAAGGUGACGUCCGGCAUCAGCUUUGCCAUCCCGAUCGAUCACGCGAAAGCGUUUCUGCGCAAGAUUCAAGAAACGGCGGGGACGGCCGGCGGCCGGCGGCUGUCGAGCGGUGCGCCCAGCUACCGGCGCUACAUCGGCAUCACGAUGCUGAGCCUGACGCCGGACAUACUGCACGAGCUGCAGCAGCGCAACCACAACUUUCCACCGACCGUGCGGGGCGGCGUGCUGGUGUGGAAGGUCAUCCAAGGAUCGCCGGCGCACAGCGGUGGCCUACAGCCGGGCGAUAUUAUAACGCACAUCAACGGGAAGGAGAUAAACAGUUCUGGCGACGUGUACGAGCUGCUGGCGGCGCAGGAGAAAAAGCUCGCCAUCACGAUCUAUCGCGGGCAGCAGCCGGCCACCGUGCACGUUUUCCCCGAGGACACGACCGCGUAGGCUUUCGCGACUUUACUUUAAAUUUUACUUAUUACUUUUAAUAGAAGCAUCAUAACGGUUGUUUUGCAAGGCCAGUGCUGCAAAAUGUCACUGUCAAUGUCAUAAAAAAUGCUGACUGCAACAAAAUCCA